AUGAGGAAGCAUGUGAAACCCUUUAAAUGUGAUGUUUGUGAUUAUGCAUGUGCUACAAAUCAUCGUCUGCGGUCACAUACGAGGAUUGUUCAUUUAGGAGUGAAACGCUUUAAAUGCGGCAUUUGUGAAUAUUCAUCUGAUUCAAAUAGUCGUUUGCAGACGCAUAUCAGGAUUCAUACUGGAGAGGUACCGUUUAAAUGUGAUGUUUGUGAUUAUGCAUGUAAGUCAAAUGAGCAGCUGAAGAGACAUAAUAUGAUUGUUCAUACAGGAGAGAAACCCUUUAAAUGUGAUGUUUGUAAUUUUGCAUGUAAUGUGAGAGGUAAUCUAAAGGCACAUUACAGAAUACAUACAGGAGAGAAACGCUUUAAAUGUGAUCUUUGUGAUUUUGCUUGUAAUGCAAAAGCUAAUCUAACGGUACAUUACAGAAGACAUACAGGAGAGAAACCCUUUAAAUGUGAUGUUUGUAGUUAUGCAUGUAAUUCAAUGAGUAAUCUAUGCAAACAUGUGAGAACACAUUCAAGAGGGAACCCUUCAGACAUGAAACCUGUGAUUAGUACUAGUAUGUUAGUCAAGCCGUGA